GCAGCCCUUCCCGCCUCUUCUGGCAUCAAUUAGCUCCCAGCCCUCGUCGCAGAAAUUUUAUUCUCUGUUGAAAUUCGUUAUUGUUCCUUAAUACGCAAAAUGGUCCUGGCAACUUUAACCGGCGGAGUAAUUGCUCGCAUCAUGCACGGCGAGAUGGUGGAAGGUCCGGUGCUCCAGAUCCUGGCGAUCAAGAAGAUUAAUAGCACUGCGGACGCGGAGCGUUACCGAAUUCUGAUCUCUGACGGCAAGUACUUCAACAGCUAUGCCAUGCUGGCCAGCCAGCUGAAUCAGAUGCAGCACAACGGAGAGUUGGACGAAUUCACCAUUGUCCGGCUGGACAAGUAUGUCACCUCAAUGGUGGGCAAGGACGGUGCUGGAAAGCGCGUCCUCAUCAUUUCCGAACUGACUGUCCUAAAUCCCGGCGCCGAGGUAAAGGCUAAAAUCGGAGAGCCUGUGACCUAUGAAAAUGCCGCCAAACAGGAUUUGGCGCCCAAAGCAGCAGCUCCUGCUCCGGCUAAGCCCGCUGCCAAAAAAGAACUAGUACACAACAAUAAUAAUAAUAACAAUGUAACAUUGAAUGGCACGAUUAACGCAGGAUUGACCCAUCCGAUUUCCAGCCUGAGUCCCUACCAAAACAAGUGGGUGAUCAAGGCGCGCGUAACCUCCAAGUCGGCCAUUCGCACCUGGAGCAAUGCACGGGGCGAGGGCAAGCUGUUCAGCAUGGAUUUGAUGGACGAAUCUGGCGAAAUUCGGGCCACGGCCUUUAAGGAGCAAUGUGACAAGUUCUACGACCUCAUCCAAGUGGAAAGCGUCUACUACAUUUCCAAAUGCCAGUUAAAACCGGCCAACAAACAGUACUCGACACUGAACAAUGCCUACGAAAUGACCUUUUCGGGCGAAACAGUUGUCCAGCUGUGUGAGGAUGCCGAUGGCGACCCCGUUCCGGAAAUCAAAUACAACCUUAUUCCCAUUGCCGAUGUGUCCAGCAUGGAGAACAAAGCGGUGGUGGAUACAAUUGGCAUUUGCAAGGAGGUCGGCGAAGUGCAGUCCUUCGUGUCCCGCUCCACAAAUAAGGAGUUCACGAAGCGGGACAUUACGCUGGUAGACAUGAGCAAUGCGGCCAUCACUCUGACGAUCUGGGGCGAUGACGCCGUCAACUUUGACGGCCACGUGCAGCCCGUGGUCAUGGUCAAGGGCACCCGCAUCAACGAGUUCAACGGCGGCAAGUCCUUGAGCCUUAGCGGUGGCUCCAUCAUGAAGAUCAACCCAGACAUUCCCGAGGCCCAUAAGCUGCGCGGCUGGUUUGACAACGGAGGAGGUGACAAUGUUGCCAACAUGGUCUCGGCUCGAACCGGAGGUGGCAACUUCUCCGCCGACUGGAUGACACUAAAGGAUGCGCGUCUGCGCGGUCUCGGUGCUGGUGACAAGCCCGACUUCUUCCAGUGCAAGGCGGUGGUGCACAUCGUCAAGCAGGAGAACUCGUUCUACCGUGCUUGCCCACAGAGCGACUGCAACAAGAAGGUGAUCGACGAGGGCAACGACCAGUACCGCUGCGAGAAGUGUAACGCACUGUACCCCAACUUCAAGUAUCGCCUGCUUCUCAACAUGAGCAUCGGCGACUGGACUUCGAACCGCUGGGUCAGCAGCUUUAAUGAGGUUGGUGAGCAGCUGCUUGGGCACUCUUCGCAGGUCGUUGGCGAGGCCCUUGAGAACGACCAGGCCAAGGCCGAGGAGAUCUUCUCAGCCCUCAACUUCACUUCGCACAUCUUUAAGUUGCGCUGCAAGAACGAGGUGUACGGCGACAUGACCCGCAACAAGCUUACUGUGCAGUCUGUGGCCCCCAUUAAUUAUAAGGAGUACAACAAACACUUGUUAAAGGAGCUGCAGGAGAUCACUGGCAUCGGCUCUUCUAAUUAAUUAAUUUUAGCACGCAUAUACCGUAAACUAAUAAAAAAGAUAUUCAUUUAUUCAUAACAUUAUAUUCAUAAGUUUCGAAAAAAUAUUGUUAAUUCGGGGGUUAUACCAGUGUAUCGACUAAAUAUAAUGCAUACCACUAUCUCA